GUUCCUUAAUUUUUCUUCAAGCAAAUGGAUGUUAUGUUGAGCAUAAUUAUCUCACGGUCCAGUUCUUAGUACAAUUGACAGCAUUAUAAGUUUAAAUCUAUUUAGGUGAAAUGUUAGCAACAUUAAGUAGAACACCAAAAACAACAAGUGCUUUGCUAUGGCAUCAUAUAAAGUUAAAAUCACCACCGUUUGCGCCAAUUUAUAUGAAAUUUUAUACAACAAAAUCAGAGGAAGCAAUGACUGUGAAUGAAGGAACUAAAAUCAACAGCGAACGAAUAAAUAUUGGAGAUGUAACAAAAGCUUUAAAGACACCAAAAAAUCCAGAGCUGGUGCCACAAAAAUAUGUGCAAUACGGCGAGGAUGGUACACUAGAACUGACACAAUCAGCGCUGCAUCAUUUGCGAUGGAUGCUGCAAAAGGAUAUCUUGAAGCAAGAUAUGUUCCUGAUAGGUCAGCCUGGGUCACUACGCCGGCAGCUAGCAAUGCAAUUUUUAGAGCUAACACAACGUGAAUUAGAAUACAUCGCGCUGAGUAGAGAUACAACCGAAAGUGAUUUGAAACAACGGCGAGAAAUUAAGAACAAAGCAGCUAUUUAUUAUGAUCAGUGUGCCGUGCGUGCUGCUGUUAACGGACGUGUAUUGGUGCUCGAUGGCGUGGAGCAUGCUGAACGCAAUGUUUUACCCAUUUUGAAUAACUUACUGGAAAAUCGUGAAAUGCAUUUAGAAAAUGGCAAAUUUCUAAUGGCUCCCGAGCGUUACGACAAAUUAUUAGAGACAUAUACCAAAGAGGAGCUAGACAAAUUGGGGGUACUACGAGUAUCGGAAGAUUUUCGCGUGGUUGCGCUAGGUCUUCCUACACACAAAUAUAAAGGAACUCCCUUAGAUCCACCUUUGCGUUCUCGCUUUCAAUCGCGAAAUGUUUCACACUAUGCCUUUGACGAAAUUUUAAUCGACCUGCAACAUCAUGCGCCGAAUGUACCUGUUGAAAAUCUCAAAAGUUUGGUUAGCUUUGGUAUGGCGAUUCAAGCUGCAGAACAGACUGACUAUCUGCCUGACUUUCCGCUGGACAAUCUGCAUUUGGUGGCAAAAAUGAUGCAAGCAAAUCCGCACAUAAGUGUACAUGACGCCAUAACCCGCAUCUAUCCAUACCAAGCCUCAAUGAAAAAAGAGCAUAUCGAUCGCAUUAAAUCGUUACUGAAAUCUUUUAAAAUAGACCCAGUAAAAAGCAAACCUGUAAAAUCUAUAUCUACAACCAGCACAAAGAAUGAGGCGAUGCCUACUUUGCAGUUUAAAAUCGAUAACGUGUCUAUUUCAGUGCCUGGUGGUCAGCGGUUAGCAUCUCCACAAAAAGUAGCGCAAUUCGUAGAUCUCGAUCAUCAGCGCAAUGUGCUGGCCGCAAUGGUGCAAUCAAUUGCAGUGGGCGACAUUUGUUUGAUUGGUCAAAAGGGUGUUGGCAAAAUAACUCUCACCAAUCAUUUGAUGCAUUUGCUGAACCAAUCUGUUGAGACAAUGAUUCUCUAUGAGGACAUGACUUCACGAGAUUUAAUACAGCAGCGUAUAACUUCGUCCGAAGGUGAUACAAUAUGGCGUGAUUCACCAUUGGUGCGCGCCGCAAAGUACGGUUCAGUUGCCGUUCUAAAUGGCAUACAUCGUCUGCACAAGAGUACAAUUGUUGCGCUGCAACGUUUAAUUCAAGAUCGCGAAUUGCAGCUCUGCGACGGCACAAUUUUGCUAAGUUCUGCGCGUUAUGAUGCGCUCAUUCAGCAAGGUUACACUAAACUACAGCUGGCUGAGAAAAGUAUACUCAAAAUACACGACUCGUUUCGCAUUAUAGCGCUGGGCGAGCCACCGAAUCUCAGUCAACCAUCACAAAAUUGGCUCACUUCUGAAAUGUUGAGUUUAUUCCUUUUCCUCGAAGUGCGCCCGCUUCAACAAAGUGAGGAAUAUGAAAUCAUACAAAAGCUUUAUGGAGAAAUCAAUGCAGAUAUUCAUAAAAUCAUUAAAUUGUCGCAUUACUUACGGGAAUCAACCGAUCCGACACUCUCGAACUUGGCUGGUACUUUGUCAACACGUCAAUUGUUGAAAAUCGCGCGGCGUACCUCCGCCUUUCCAAGCGGCGACGCUGAAGCAAAUGCCUUGACCUCUGCCUACGAUGUGCUGCAAAGUACCUUUCUCGCCAAAUUUAUGCCCGCUUUGCCACGUGCCGCACUUGAAGAUGCCAUAGCGCGCGUUGGUAUUGACAAGAGUCGUACGCGCUCAGGUGUUCGUCGUAAAAUUAACGUUGAAGACAAUGUGCUAAGUAUAGGCAACACCUCAAUGCCGCUUGUCGCUACGGACGCGGAAUCGAAAGUACCCAGCACGCUUUUUUAUGAAAUGCCACAGCAUGUGGAGCUCUUAGAGCGGCUAUUGCAGGACUUCAUUAUUGGUGAGCAUCUCUUGUUGGUUGGUAAUCAGGGUGUGGGCAAAAAUAAAUUAAUCGAUAAAUUACUCCAGCUGAUGAAUAAACCACGCGAGUACCUGCAAUUGCAUCGCGAUACCACCGUGCAUAGCUUAACGGUACAAUCGACGCUUCGCGAUGGUCAGGUGAUCUACGAGGACAGUCCAUUGGUGAAAGCUGUCAAGAGCGGGCACAUUUUGGUAAUUGAUGAAGCUGAUAAAGCUCCCGUAAAUGUGACAUGCAUACUGCGUACCUUGGUGGAAAAUGGCGAAAUGUUCCUCUCAGAUGGACGUAAAAUUGUAGCAACCGGCGAAGGUGCCGCUGCUAAGGAGGCCGGUCAUACCGGCGAAAUCAUUGAAAUGCAUCCCAAUUUCCGUGUAAUUGUGUUGGCAAACAGGCCCGGCUUUCCUUUCCUCGGCAACGAUUUCUUUGCCUCUUUGGGUGACGUCUUUAGCUGUCAUGCCAUUGAUAAUCCGUCACCUGAUUCAGAAAUCUACUUGCUACAAAAAUAUGGUCCGUCAGUGCCGAAGAAGACGCUCGCAAUGCUAGUGAACGCAUUUGGUGAGCUCCGUACAAUGGCCGAUGAAGGUUUACUCAAUUACCCUUACUCCACCAGAGAGGUGGUUAACAUUGUUAAGCACCUUGAAAAAUACCCGAAUGACUCAAUGUCCGAAUUGGUAGGCAACGUGCUGGACUUUGACAAAUAUCAGCCCGAGGCGCUGGAGCAGGUGACAACGGUGCUGUCCAAGCAUGGCCUGCCCAUUGAAGCGUAUGCGCGCAAUGAACUGUUUGCACUGCGGCGCAAGAAGGAAAUCCAGCUGACGGUGGAGCGCAAAAGCGGACUUGGCGUAUCUGGUCCCAAAUACGGUAAGGUAGAUCCGAAGAACGAACCACAUGUGGGUGGCAACACAUGGGCGGGGGGUACCGGUGGUCGCGAUACAGCUGGCCUGGGCGGCAAAGGUGGCCCCUUCCGCCUAGAUGCCGGUCACAAAGUGCAUCAGCUCUCUGACGAAGAGAAAGACGACAUACCUGAAGAAGUGAAACUUGCAGCACGUGAAAUGAAUCGCAAAGCAUUCGAAGACAAGCUGAAAGAGAUUCGCAUGUCCGCGCAUGAUCACGAAAUAUAUGAACAAUUUAACGAACCCAUACGAAAACAGGUACAACAACUGAAGGCAGUAUUAGAAGCUUUGCAGACGAAGAGUAAGGAACGGCAAUGGCAGAAGUACCAAACGCAUGGCGAACUAGAUGACACGCGCCUGAUUGAGGGUAUUACUGGUGAAAAGAAUAUCUAUAGACGACGUGCGGAGGCCAAUCCUUGGGCGGAUCAUAUUCAGGAGAAGCCGAAUCGCCUGAAAUUGGUGGUUGAUGUAUCGGGCUCCAUGUAUAGAUUUAAUGGUUACGAUGGUCGUUUGGAUCGCGAACUCGAAGCUGUCGUAAUGGUUAUGGAAGCAUUCGAGGGUUUUGAAAAGAAAAUCGUCUACGACAUUGUUGGUCAUAGCGGUGAGGGUUGGGAAAUACCAUUUGUCUGUGCUGGUAGUCCACCAAAAACAGAUAAAGAACGUUUCGAGACAAUCCGUAUGAUGCACGCACAUUCCCAGUUUUGUUGGUCCGGCGACAGUACUGUAAAGGCUAUCAAAGAAGCUGUAAAUACAUUGUCGACUGAGGAUUAUGACAACUCAAUUGUGGUAGUGCUUAGCGAUGCGAAUUUAUCACGUUACGGAAUACAACCUAAAGAGCUGGCAAAGGCGCUUAUGAACGGCGAACCGAAGGUGAAAGCUCAUAUGCUGUUCAUUGGUAGUUUGGCGGAGGAAGCGGAUGAAAUUAAUGCUCAAAUGCCUGCUGGCCAUAGUUACGUUUGCAUGGACCUGACGAAAUUACCACAAAUUCUGAAACAGAUUUUCACUUCCUCAUUGCUGUGAUAUGUUUAGAAAACAAUUAUUAUUUUCAGUGUCCGUAAUACCUUUCCAAGUCAAAAGUAGUUCAAUUUUAAACCUUUAAUGUUGUGUUAAAUAUUGCGUAUGCAAUACGAAUAUGUAUAUAUGUUUAUGUGCUUAAAGAAAAAGUGUUUAUAUAUAUAACCAGA